ACUAGAGGCAAUCAGGUAAUUGCCCGGGAAGCGGGAUUUGACCCGAGAAACGCAUUCCUCCUCCCGCUGUUCACCGAUUUCUUCCUCAAGAAACGCAUUCAGGCUACGGCAGUCUUCAGAGCUCUCAAUCAUGGCGUCGAAGGCCUUCAGGAUUUUCUUUCUUGCACUCCUUCUCCUUGCGUCGCCUUUUCUCCAAGUUGUUAGAUGUCAAUCGGAUGCGGAUGUGGAAUCUGGAGAGUCCGUUGAAGAUGCCACUGACUUAGGGAUCGUUGGGGAUGAGCAAGAUUUCGGCGACGCGAGCUUCAGCCCAGCUACAGGGGUUGAUACCGUGUGUGUUUUCCCCAAAAAUAGCGCACGUAUUGUGGUGGCCGGAGAAGAGACCGAACUUUUAGCAGGAAUGAAGAACGAUGGGGAUUCUAGCUUGAAUGUCAUUGCAAUCAAGGCCAGUGUUCAUUACACUUUUGAUCACCGAAUACUGAUUCAAAAUCUUUCCGUACAGGGUUUUAACAAUGCAUCGGUACAAGCAUCGACACAAGCAACUUUCCCGUACUUUUUUGUUGUCAGCAAAUAUCUUCAGCCUGGAAAUUUUGAUCUGGUUGGAACCAUUAUUUAUGAAAUAGAUCAGCAUCCAUAUCAAAGUACCUUCUUCAAUGGUACCAUUGAAGUUGUUGAAGCUGGUGGUUUUCUCAGCACUGAAUCUGUAUUCCUAGUUACCCUUGGAGCUGCACUUAUCGUUCUAUUUGGUUUGUGGAUUCAUGGUCAAAUACAGAAUCUUUCCAAGAAAACAAAGAGGGCUCCUAAGGUUGAAGUUGGAACCAGGGCCUCAGAUGCAUCAUUAGACGAAUGGCUCGAGGGUACUGCAUAUUCUCAAUCAUCGUCAAACAAAUCAAAGAAAAAGAAGUAGAUCACACAUGUUUUCUGCCUUCACUUUUCCUUGCUGACACAUACCAGAUACGCAGUCUCUUGUUAACUCACACUUCCGGCAUUUGAAUUGUUUAAGAGACACACCAUGAUAUCAGUUUUGGAAAAAUAGGCCAGUUUAGACUUUUGGAAAAGUUGAGUUAUUUCAAAUUUGAACUGAUGCAGAUACGUAUAGAAACAAUAGAUAUCUUUUAAUUUAAUCCAAAAUUUUGAGCAUUUACCUUU